AUGGAGAAAAGGCCAAGAGAUUGUCUCUUAUUUGUGGGCUUACUGUGCCUGAUUGCCCUAGCUGAGUCUGCAACUGUGAGAACAAUACCAGUAGGAGUGAUUCUGGAUUUGAGUUCAUCACUUGGUCCCACGGUUCUUAAUUGCAUCAACAUCGGACUCCAUGAUUUCUAUUCCUCGGAGUAUUCCUAUGGAACAAAGCUCCAACUUCAUUUCAGGAAUUCCCAAGGCGAUCUCCUCACUGCAGCUUCUGCAGGUAAUCCUAACUGUCAAUUCGAAGCUAUAGCAGCCAUUACCAGAGCUUAUAAUUGGCAGUCUGUGGUCCCCAUUCAUGAAGAGCCAGACUUCGGCAACGACCUCAUCCCAUGUCUCACUUUUGCCUUACAAGAAAUGGACACUCUAGUGCCCAACGUAAUUGCCAUUCGUCGAGAUUCCAAUGGUUCUCAAAUCGCCGGCGAGCUCAACAAGAUAAAUCCCGAACGAACAUAUGUGUUUCUUGCUCAUAUGACGGUGGAGCUUUGGUCAAGACUUGUGAAACAUGCAAAAGAUAAAGGGAUGAUGAGUAAAGGACACGCUUGGAUACUUACACAAGGCUUAUCUUCAGUGAUAGAUCCCGAAGCUAAAGAUAUAAAAGUGAAAGGCUACAUGGAUGGUGCUUUGGGUGUGAGGCCAUCAGUGGCUGUGAAUACAUCACUGAAUGAAUCCAUCAUAGCUAAGCGCUUUUCCUUAGCGAGAACGUUAAAGUUUAAGUACAAUAAAACUCUUUCUCUAUCUGGCAUGUGGGCUUACGACACUAUCACAGCAUUGGCCAAUGCGGUAGAGAAGGCCAGCUUAGGCGAUUCUACUUUAGGAUAUGGGAAUGAAAGCAGAGCUGAUCUUGAAGAUAGAGGAAUGCGCAACGAAACAGGACCAGAACUUCACAGCAAAAUUCUGGCUACUAAUUUCGUAGGCCUGUCAGGGAAUUUCAGUUUGUGGCAAGGACAACUAGAACCAUCAAAAGUUGUGGUAUACAAUAUUGUGGAAGGCCUAAAAGAAAGGAUCAUUGGAUAUUGGACACCUGAAAUAGGACUUUUUCAAAAUUACAGUGCAGAUGGUGAACCAGCUGGUAAAUACAAAUGGCCGGGUAACACAACGGAGAGACUACCAAAGUUGAAAAUUGGGGUCCCAAAGACGCAGUUUACUCAAUUUGUUGAUGUUAACGGGAGUGUAGAAGGGCAGAAUGUAUCAACUUCUGGCUUGGCUGUUGAUGUAUUUGAAAGAGUGGUUCAUGUUUUGCGAUUUCCUCGUGAGUUCGUGCCUGUGAGAAAUGGAGAGCUAACUCCCUCCAGCUAUGAUGAUCUUCUCUGCCAUAUCACUGACAAGGCAAGUUUUCAUUCAUCUCUGUUGCUUUCGAUCAAUUGUUUUGCUCUUAUCAGAUUUUCUGUUUCUCAGUUUCUAAUAAAGGAAAGUCAGGCACGUAUCUGUAUAGUUUCACUGAUGAUUAUAUUCCGCCCAAUGAUUAAAGAACCGGACCGGACUGGACGGUCGGACGGUUAA